AUACAAUAUAUAUAUAUAUAUCCUCCUCUAAAAAUAACUAAACAUUAUGCUCCACUAUAUCCCCUUAAUUACCAAAUAUAUAUAUAACUCCAUUAAUCAAACAACAUACAUCUAUCUAUAUCUCUUCCAUUCUCUUCGCCAAAAAAAUUACACCCCAAUCCACAGAUAUAGGUGCAGUAGUUGAAUUAAGGAACAAUUUUGGAAGAGAGAUAAGAUAUAUAAUGGAUGUGUUUGAAAAGAGAGAAAUGGCGGGCGAGAAAGCAAGAGAGGAGGAGGAGGAAGAGAGGUUGCUGUCGGAAGGGGUGACGGUGGUGGAUUUUGAUAUGUUGUGUUCGACGGUGGCGAGGCAAGCGCAAAAGGGACAGUGGGUCAAGUUGGAUUUGAAUGGAGAUGAAGAUAAUGUUGGUUAUGGUGGUGUUUUGAGGAUGUGGGAAGGUGAGCUCUUUUGUGAUUCUCUUGAAGAUCGUCGCAUCGCUAUUCAGUCCCUUUGCUGCCCCUGGUACAGAUUUGGUAAGAAUAUGAAGCGUGCUGGUUUUGGUUCCUGCUUUCUCCAGGGCUCUAUCUAUUUGAUUCUCACUCUUGUUGCUCUCCUAAGCAUGCUGGCAUUCACCGUCACAAAGAAGCGCUGCUUUCUCUAUAUUGGUGGUGCUUUUAUAAUCUUUGUUGGAUUAUAUAUGGGUUAUCACCGCACGAAAAUGAGAAACAAGUUCAAUAUCAGAGGUGAUAGUUCUUUGGAUGAUUGCAUCUUCCAUUUGACCUGUCCAUGCUGCACGUUAUCUCAGGAAGCUAGAACAUUAGAGAUGAACAACGUUCAAGACGGCAUUUGGCAUGGUAGAGGUGAUACCAUAUGCAUAGGAAGUUAUUCUGAGCUUAACAAGACUCCAUUGGAACUAAGUCCACCUGCUAUUGUGUCAACAAAGUCCUGAACCAUAAACUCUGCAGGGCUUAGGGCACAAGAAAGAACGAGAAUUCACGUAGCUAAUUAGCUAGAGUAGAGCUUCCCUUCACAUUGUUCUCUCCCUUAAAAAGCCAAGCCUACAAGCGCGGUCCUGAAUUAGCAACAUCCUUUUUUCCAGAGAGGAAGAAUUUCAUUAAACUUGCCCAUGCACACAAGGGGAGAAUCCCGAAUAGGUUAUCACAUGCAAUGCUAAGGCACAGAAUGCCUGCUGGUUUUAAGGAAGCAAGGCAUUUUCCAGCAUCAAAGCGGCAAAAUGCUUCAGAAAGGCGUGCUUCCAAUUCAAAAAUGUAUUGCGAAUAGGAAACUUGUAAGCAAUGUAGUAUAUGUAAUAUAGCAAAUGCUUCCAAAAAGAAAUGAGGGAGGCAAAUGCGUAUUAGUCACAUAGUUGAAGUCCAGUUCUUCAUAGAAUAGAACAAGCUUUCAUGUGUAAAUAUUCCAUUCAGCCAUAAAAUGAAGAGAUUUUACUUAUCUCCUGAGAAUGAAUACUCUUCUUGAUCCUA